AUGGCGGCUAACGGUUCCAUCAGAAGUUCCGUCAAGGUACGACGGGAAGAGGAAGGCGAGGAUGAGAUCAACGACUUUCGUGAUUUGAUCCAGAAAGGAAUCCGUGAAUUAGAGCCGUCGAUUCUCGACCCCAGACACGAAGGAACGGCUGAUGAUUGGAUCAAGCGGAAUUCUUCCCUGGUCCGUCACACAGGAAAGCACCCUUUCAACUCGGAGCCGCCUCUCAACCGUUUAACGCAAUACGGCUUCAUCACCCCGGUCCCACUCCACUUUGUUCGCAGCCGCGGCGCGGUCCCCAGGGCUACGUGGAACGACUGGACCGUUGACGUAUGUGGGCUCGUCAAAUGGCCCACUAAGUUCACCAUGGACCAAUUGACUAACGAGUUUGGGUUCCGGGAGUUUCCGGCGACGAUUGUCUGCGCCGGCAACAGGCGGAAGGAGCAGAACACGGUGAAACAGACAAUUGGGUUUAAUUGGGGAGCGGCGGUGGUUGCCACGUCGGUCUGGGGAGGGGUCCCACUUCGUGACGUGUUGAACCGAUGUGGAAUUUUUAGCCGGAAGAAUGGGGCGGUGAAUGUAUGCUUUGAAGGGGCGGAGGACUUGCCGGGAGGCGGUGGGUGUAAGUACGGGACGAGUAUAAAAGUGGAGUUCGCUAUGGAUCCGGCGAGGGAUAUAAUUUUGGCGUAUAGACAAAACGGGGAGGAACUGGCGGCGGACCAUGGUUUUCCGGUGAGGAUGAUAAUGCCGGGAUUCAUCGGAGGUAAAAUGGUGAAGUGGCUGAAACGGAUCAUUGUGACGACGAAAGAAUCGGAAAGUUAUUAUUAUUUAAUGGACAACAAAGUUUUUCCAUCCCACGUGGACGCUGAGCUGGCCGACAAAGAAGCGUGGUGGUAUAAGUCGGAGUAUGUAAUCAACGAGUAUAACAUUAACUCGGUCAUAACUACGCCCAGCCACAACGAAAUUCUGCCCAUCAAGCCCUGUAGCACUCGGUCGCCCUACAUCUUGAGAGGCUAUGCUUAUUCUGGUGGUGGAAAGAAGGUUAUGCGUGUGGAGGUGACAAUGGACGGCGGAGAGAAAUGGGACGUGUGCAUGUUGGAUCAUCCGGCGAAGCCGAACAAGUUUGGAAAGUACUGGUGCUGGUGUCUAUGGUCGUUGGAGGUGGAGGUUUCUAAGUUGCUCAAUGUCAAGGAGAUCGCCGUCCGGGCUUGGGAUGAAACCAAUAACACCCAGCCCGAGAAACUCAUCUGGAAUCUCAUGGGAUUGAUGAACAACUGUUGGUUUAGAGUAAGAACGAAGAUAUGCAAACCCGACACGGGAGAGACCGGAAUCAUCUUCGAACACCCGACAAUCCCCGGCAACCAGUUGGGCGGAUGGAUGAAGAACAGCGCCUCCACUCCCUCCAUGAACAGCGCCUCCACCGCUUCCACCACCUACUCCUUAUCCCAAGUCAAAAAACACAACACCCGUCAGUCCGCCUGGAUAAUCGUCCACGGCCAUGUCUACGACUGUACCCAAUUCAUCAAACACCACCCCGGCGGCGCCGAUAGCAUCCUCAUCCACGCUGGCACCGACUGCACCGAAGUAUUCGACGCCAUCCACUCCGGCAAAGCCAAGAAAAUGCUCGAAAAUUACCGAAUCGGAGAUGUUCGUGGUGAAUGCGAAUCGGACGGAGGAGGAUGUCUUGCUGAGGGAGAAGAUGGACACGUGGACGGUCAAGAAGGAGAGAUUGAAAGUUCAGUACGUGGUUGAAGAGAGUAGAGUGGGAAUACAGCGUUGGGCUUGUCACGGAGAGUAUUCUCAGAGACCAUAUUCCGGCGCCGGCGAUGGUUCAGUUGGCCGUGCAGCCCAAUUUGGAGAAGAUGAAUUACGACACCAAAAACUAGUUGUUGGUGUUUUGAUUAGACACAGAUAAAUUCAUAAAUAAUAUCAUAAUAAUAAUUGUAUUCCCAUUUAGCUCUGAUUGGGAAGU